CAUCGAGAGCCACUGAAGAAACAGCAGUCCUCAAAUUAUUACAUUCCAGUGCUUCCGACUCCAUGUCCAUCAUGAAGUGGAGUAUUUUUCUGCUCCUGUGUUUCACUGGUGUCCCAGGCAACCUGCAAGUUGUCCGCCAUGAUUAUCAUCUGAUCACAACACCAGCCACAUGGACAGAUGCACAAACUUACUGCAGGAACAACUAUGUUGACUUGGCUACAGUGCAGACUGAUGAUGACUGGGAAAGGCUGAAUGCUGAGGCAGAAAGAAAAGGCCUGACGACAAAUGGCUGGGUCGGAAUGUAUCUCAAUGUCGUACUCUGGUACUGGUCCUAUAAAAACGUAUUGAUAGAUUUCAGUGUAACCAAUUGGGCUCCUGGACAGCCUGAUAAUGCUGGUGGAGAUCAAUCUUGUUGUGCAGUAGAUUCAAAUGGAUACUGGCUGGAUUAUGCCUGCACAGAAGUGAAACCCACCAUAUGUUAUGAUGCCAACGUAGGAGGGUUUGUUGCUGUCCCUCUUCCCACACUGAGUUGGUAUGGAGGUCAGACAUACUGCCGCACAUAUCACACUGAUUUGGCCAGUGCAGACACUUUAACAGAUAUCAACCAGAUCCAGCAGUUGACGGCCCAACAGGGCACUUCUUGGUUCGGCCUAUUUAGGGACGUUUGGAUGUGGUCUGAUGGGACCAUUCCUAUGGGACUCAAGUGGGGUCCUGGCCUCCCAAAUAACAUUGAUCAUGAUGACAACUGUGGUUCGGUUAAUAACAGCCUGUUAAUGGAUAGACAAUGCGACAACCUAUUCAAUUUCUUCUGUCACACACCAUAUACAGUGAGAUAUCAGGUACUGAAACUGCAGAUUAAAGGAGACAAGAGUGUGUUUGAUCCUGCUGUUCAGUCAGCCAUUUUACAGCAGAUUGUGCAGAAACUGAAGGAACAUGACAUAUGGAUUGAUAUUACUGUGACCUGGAGAGUGAGGCAAGACGGAAGCAUCUUUCAGAAGAAACUCAGCGGUGGCCUGUGAACUUUAAAUUCUUACAUACUAUUCAGUCUAUAAUAUUCAAGUGUGUAGACUUAUUCAUCAUAAUUUCAGAAUAAUUUCGAGCCUAAAAUUCCGGAAUGAUCUUGAAUAGCCUGGAUGCGUAUCAUCAUGCAAAAAUUAUACUGCCGAUUUUCUUGCCAAUGUUCUUGCCAAUAGACCAAGAAAAUGCAAAGUUUGAAAUGAGUACAAAUGCCUACAAAUAGAUUCAAUAAUCUUAUAUUUAAUUAAUUGUAAUCUUAAAAUAGGAAAUACUAGAUAAAUCUAGUAAAAAGAUAAAUAAGAGUUUUUUCACUUGCUAAGUAGGGUAGAUCAAAGGUCAUCCAACACUUAUUUAUCAUAUCCUUUAUGAAAUUACAUCUUUUAUCUUUUAUGAAGCUUGCAUAUGUUAGCUAGAGAAUAGCUUGUAGAAUAUCUUACUCCUUCUUCCAGGUAGACUCUUUUUACACAGAAUUGUACUGCAGAAUGGUUUGUUAUUGCUACCAGCUGGGAAUGUCUUCUACCAGGGAAGUUGUCAGGGUCAAAGAUUCUGGGCCUGGUUUGAGUCUAGACUGUCUUCAUCAGAACUUUAAUUGACGAUGGUGGGAGAAGAGCUAAGUCUUAUAGCAUAGUUCCAAAGUUCCCAAAUGGUGUCUUGAAAAAAACAACAACAUUCACUUAUUCUUUCUUAAGCUACUGUCAAUUCAGAAAAUGACUACAAGGAGACGGAUUCUCUUGUACUUCAUGUGAUCAGUAACUUGAAUGCAUAGAAUAAAGAGUGUUUAAAACAAUUCAAUGGAAGCAAACUACAAAAUAGUCAUAUUUUCUAGAUUUUUACUAAAAAUUUACUAAAAUAGAUUGCCUUAAUGGUUAAAUUCAUGGUUUUAAUGUUUUUCCAGGGAACACAGACACCAAGGCCAGAAGUAAUGCCAAAAUUAGUGAAAGAUCAGUGAAAAUAUAAUUAGACUAUGUCAUGCUCCAACUACCCAAGUUAUUUGUUAAUAUAAAAGAAUUUGUCAACCAAGAAGGCCUAAUCUGGGUUGAUCUUACCCUUCAUAAAGCUAUGCUUUUUUUUUUUUUGCUGUUAGCUGGAGCUCCUGGGAUGAAUUUACCGACUGUAAAAGGAAGUACAAUAUUGGGGUUUUUGUUUGGUGUUUAGAGAUUUCAUUCUUGAAUAUCCUUUUUCUCCCAUUUUUUUCCUUCUAUUAAUAUAAUAUAUUUAUCAUUUUGUUAUCGAGUUUUAGAUGCAGAACAAAAAAGUGGAUCAAAUAUUCUUUGAGUAUAAUUUUUUGAAAAGAAUUGUAUAUUUUUCAGCUAAUAUUAGGCACAAUGUUGAUCUUAAUCUUAGAAAUGGUAUAAUUUUUCGAUUGUGACGUCAUCCCACUGGCAUAAACCAUAAAGACGAACAUGUAAAAAUAAAAUGUAGUAUAUUUGUGGAUUUAAAAAUGCCAUUCAUUAUAUGACAACUUAAAUGUAAUGUUUUUCCUUUUCUUCUUAUACAUACUCCUAAAGUAAGCAUUACUGUGUUUAUAUUAUAAUGCCUGUAUCUGUGUUUAAACCUUAUUAAAGAAAUAGAAAAAAAUUUCAUCUCCAACAUCCAUCACAUGGUUGAUUAGCUGUGGAC